CAUGUGACACGGAAUUCCUAGCCUGAUUAAACCGGAAGUUGUAUGUCCCGGCUUCCGGAAGGAGGAAUCAGUCUGUCCGGUCUACGGACUGAAGGAGAAAGAAUUACUCAGUAGGUGACUGAGCUUGACCUGGACGUGGAUCCAGAUGAAAUGAAUAAAGUACCAGGAUCCCCAUCCUCCUCCCCCCUCCCUGCGCCCUCCCCUAACCUGCCCCAGCCUAACUUCUCACCCACUCCACCCCCAUCUAUGGUUUUUGCCACACCCACUCCUCCUCCAAUGAACCCUACGGCCCCGACCCGACAGCCGUUCUACACUGUUCGGCCCACGUUACCCACAAACCCUGCCCGAGCACAGGCAAGCUCCACCCCUCGGCCCAUCCCUCCACCACAUGGAACACACACCCCUCAUGUCUUCCAACCAGGCUCCCAGGUGAUGAUGAUCCCAACACAGCCAAUCAGUUUUCCUAACUCACAGGGGCCUGCCUACUACAUUCCUGGCCAGUAUCGCCCCUCGUAUGUUUCUCCUCAGCAGUACCCGGUCGCAGGUUCUCCAAACUUUUAUCCUGGAAGCAGUCCAGCUGAGUAUGCUGGAGCUUACUACCCCGCCCAGCCCCAGUUCACGCCUCCUGUAGCCACAGCACCUGUCCUUAUGAACCCCGCCCCCCAGCCCCAACAAGCCCCGCCCCCUCCACAGCACGCAGCACCGGCCAAACGGGAACGCAAACAGAUAAGAAUACGAGACCCUAAUCAAGGAGGCAGAGACAUCACGGAAGAGAUCAUGUCCGGGGGCCGAAGCGCCUCCACACCUACACCUCCACAGUCGGCUCUGCCUAUAUCAGAGGCCGGAACCAUCACACAAUCUAAUGGGGAGAAGACCAUGCCCCUUAUCACAGCAGCCAGAGGAGAUGACCUGGUAAAAUCUGUAGUGUCCCUAGAGUUCCCCAUUCCCCCAGGGGAAAGCCCUAUCCCAGAUGCUCCGCCCACUCCUCCUCCCACUAGCCCAAUCAGUGACACAGUUGAUGCCCCGCCACCUGCCAUGGAUGAAGUUACUCAACUCAAAGAUGCAAAACAGCAGGAGCUGAACUCCUCAUCAUCAGCAGUUCCUUCUAAUGCUAAUGGUUCUACAGUGGAUGAGGCAGGACUGCCAGAAGUGGCUGUACUACUUCCGGUUUCAGGGGCAGAGCCAACACUGGAGUCGCCAAUCGCGCAGCCAGAGGAGUUACAGUUUGUAAAUGGUAUAACUGCAGAUGUUAACAGAGACGUCAGUCCUCUCGCUGAGCCUGACAUCACCAAAGAGGCUCCACCUGUUAUCGAGGAAUGCUCAACACAGACUACCAAAGCUGUCCCUCCUGUCGUCAAGGAAACCCUCACUCAGGUUGUCGGUGAGACACCGCCACUUUUAGAUGUCAAGGAAUCUUCUGUCUCAAGUGUCAAAGAAACACCAGCUCCUAACCAGACACCCACUCCUGUUGUCACAGAAACCCUGUCUGUGGUUUCCAAGGAUACCCUGUUAUCAGCAAUGAAGGAGAUCCCUGCACCAGUUGCCAAGGAAACCCCCCCUCCUGUUGUCCUGGAGACGCUGGUUGAAAAGGAGAUGCCUCCUUCAGUUGCCACAGAAACUAGCAAGCCUGUUGUCAAAGAAACUGUUAUUGAGGAUCCUUGUCCUGAUACUAAGGAGACCCAAGAACCAAUCGACAAGGAAACCCCAAGUUCUGCGGCGCCUAAAGCAGCACCACCUUCUCCUGUUCCUGCUGAGGAACGAGAAGAUACACCCCCUCCACAAACAACUGCCCCAGACAGCACUAUGCAAGCAGCUGUUUCUGUGCCAAAAAAGAAGAGGAAGUUGAAAGACCUAAACAAGAAGGAGACCGGUGAUGUGCUGGAUGCCUUUAAAGAGCCUCCACCACCACCAAAGCCAGAGCCCAUGCAAGUGGCAAAAUCGGAACAGGCAGAGCUAGCCCCUGUAGCUCCACCCCCGGUAGAAGAAGAAGAGACGUGGGAAGAGAAGGAAGACAAGCUUGAUGCUGAAAACCUCCAACUACAGAGUCCUGCACCGGCCACGCCCACUGAGCAGAAAUACCAGUACAAAGAGGAACAGUGGAAACCGCUGAACCCUGAGGAGAAGAAGAAAUAUGACCGAGAGUUUCUCCUGGGCUUCCAGUUCAUCAGCGCUAGCAUGCACAAACCAGAGGGGCUACCACAUAUUAGCGAUGUAGUGCUGGAUAAGGUGAAUAAAACUCCUCUGCGGCCAUUAGAUCUGAGUAGGAUGAACUGUGGGCCAGACUUCACACCUUCGUUUGCUAACCUGGGCAGGCAGCCCAUUGGGGGGCGUGGCCCGGCCGUGGGUUUGCCUGGCCCGAGGCGCUCAGGUCAGUCUGGAUCCCGUAAGGAGCCGAGGAAGAUCGUCCUGUCUGGUGUGUCCUUGAAUGAUGAUGUUCAGCUGAACAAGGCAGAGAACGCAUGGCGACGUGGGGUUGGAGUUGAGAGCGAAGACUCGGAGGCGGUAAAGACACGGGAGCUACUGCGACGCGUGCGAGGUGUCCUGAACAAACUGACCCCUCAGAUGUUCCAGCCACUGAUGAAACAGAUCACAGAGAUGACCAUUGACACAGAGGACAGGCUGAAGGGCGUGAUUGACCUUGUGUUUGAAAAGGCCAUCUCUGAGCCCAAUUUCUCUGUCGCCUAUGCUAACAUGUGCCGCUGCCUCAUGGGGUUGAAAGUGCCUACCACCGAUAAACCCAAAGUCACUGUGAAUUUCCGAAAGCUUCUGCUAAAUCGUUGCCAAAAAGAAUUUGAGAAGGACAAGGAUGAUGACGAGACAUUUGAGAAGAAACAAAAGGAACUAGACGCUGCCACUGAGGAGGAGGUCCGUCAGCGUCUGAAGGAGGAGCUAGAAGAGGCAAAGGACAUGGCACGGCGACGCUCGCUUGGCAACAUCAAGUUCAUCGGCGAGCUGUUCAAGCUGAAGAUGCUUACAGAGAACAUCAUGCAUGACUGUGUGGUCAAACUGCUGAAGAACCACGAUGAGGAGAGCCUGGAGUGUCUGUGCAGACUGUUGUCCACCAUCGGCAAGGACCUGGACUUCGAGAAGGCCAGGCCUCGUAUGGAUCAGUAUUUUAACCAGAUGGAGAAGAUCAUUAAAGAGAGGAAGACAUCAUCCAGAAUCCGAUUCAUGCUUCAGGAUGUCAUUGACCUGAGACGGAAUAACUGGGUGCCCAGGAGAGGAGAUCAGGGCCCCAAAACAAUCGAGCAGAUUCACAAGGAAGCAGAGAUGGAGGAGCAGCGAGAGCAGAUCAAAGUCCAGCAGCAGCUCCUCUCCAAGAAGGAGGCACGAGGAGUUGGGGGAGGAGUUGGAGGAGGUGGUGUGACUCUGGGCCCUCGAGGUGUUGGCCCUGUCUCUCACAGAGGCAACCCGCCACCAGAUGAUGGCUGGAACACGGUUCCCAUUUCCACCAAGAACCGGCCCAUUGACACCAGUCGCCUCAGCAAGAUCACCAAACCUGGAGCACUGGACUUUAACAACCAGCUACUUGCCCCUGGUGGCAAAGGAUCUUGGGGCAGCUGGGGCAAAGGAAGCAGUGGAGGCUCGGGGGUUAAACCCAGUGAUAGUGCUCAAGACUCGAGCCGUACGAGCACACUGAAUCGCUUCUCUGCCCUCCAGCAGCCUCCUUCCUCCUCCUCAUCUUCCUCCAGCAUGGACACAGACAGAAGGGUUCCACAAAGGAGCAGUUCAAGUAGAGAGCGUAGCGACCGCGGUGACCGGCUCGAACGUGGUUCGGACCGAAACCGACCUGGCAUCAGCAAGCGCAGCUUCAGCCGAGAAAAAGACGAGUGGGAGCAGAGACCAGUCGAGGCGGUGCGGCGAGUCGCUAGCAUGACUGAUGAGCGAGAACGAGCGAGGGAGCGUGAACGAGAGAGAGAGCGAGAACGAGCACCUAGCAAAGACAAUGUGAAGAGAGAACCUGUUUCCACACCACCUCCUGCUCCAUCUAAACUGGCUUUAAGCCCUGAGGAACUUGAGAAGAAAUCCACUGCCAUCAUUGAGGAGUACUUGCACAUCAAUGACAUGAAGGAGGCGCUGCAGUGUGUGAGCGAGAUGAACUCUGCCUCACUGCUCUACGUGUUUGUGAGGACGGGAAUUGAGUCGACUCUGGAGCGCAGCACUAUCGCCAGAGAACACAUGGGAUUACUACUGCACCAACUCGUCAAAGCUGGAAUGCUGUCUGCACAGCAGUACUACAAAGGGCUGAUGGAGGUGCUGGAGGUGGCUGAGGACAUGGCCAUUGAUGUUCCCCAUAUCUGGGUUUAUCUGGCUGAGCUGAUCACUCCUAUGCUGCAUGAGGGUGGGAUUUCCAUGGGCUCACUUUUUAGGGAAGUGUCUAAGCCUCUGGUACCUAUUGGCAAAGCUGGAGAUCUGCUAGUACACAUCCUCACCCUGCUCUGCAAAGGAAUGAGCCAUAAGAAGGUUGGAGCCAUGUGGAGGGAGGCGCGGCUUAGCUGGAAGGACUUCCUGUCUGAGGAUGAUGAUGUCAACAAGUUUGUGACUGAGAAGGGAGUGGACUUCACACUGGGGGAGGAGUAUGUGAAAGGUGGUAGCAGUAGGAAGUCACUGAGCAUGGAAGAGAUCUCCAAACAGCUAGACCAACUGUUGCAGGACAAAUCUGACAACCAGCGCAUAUUCAACUGGGUGGAGGCAAACCUGGAUGAGCGGCAGGUUUCAUCGAAUGCCUUUGUUCGUGUUGUGAUGACCUCCGUGUGUCAGGCUGCCAUCAUUUGCGAAAAUCCAUAUAAAGUGGAUUCUAAAGAGAUUUCCCAGAGGGCCAAGCUGCUCCAGCGCUACAUUAAGGAUGAGCAGAAGGAGCUGCAGGCACUUUAUGCAUUACAGAGCCUCAUGGUGCAGAUGGAGCAGCCGCCAAACUUGUUGCGGAUGUUUUUCGAUGUACUCUAUGACGAGGAUAUCAUUAAGGAGGACGGCUUCUACAAGUGGGAGUCGAGCAAAGAUCCAGCCGAGCAGCAGGGGAAGGGCGUGGCCCUCAAAUCAGUCACUGCCUUUUUUACUUGGCUCCGUGAAGCUGAGGACGAAUCAGACAACAGCUAAAUGCCCUGGCUCCUUUCACACUUUUAGUUCUUGGACUUAAAACAAGAUGCAAUUUUGAAUGUGGAUGAAAAUUAUUAGAACAUGGUUUUAUGCUAACGAAUGUUUUUUGAGCCAAAACUCUUAUUGAAAAUAAUUCACCGCAAGCACAGUCAUCUGGAGAUCUUGUUCCGUUAUCAUUUCGGUGGUUUUUGACAUCGGCUUGUUGUCACUAAACUCUGCCUACAGUUUGCCUACGAUGUGUCGCUACACCAGCGUGAUUAUUGAAAGCUGCUCAGAGCUCUCUAUAUUUUUUUGAAAGUCCUCAAGUUGAGGGAAACUCUUAACUCUGUGCUGGAGAAUGAAGUGCUGUGUUUAUUUUUUCCCUAUUUCCCCUCCACUUGAUUUUGUUAAACAGGACAACAGGAGUGGGUGGUUUAAAGGAGGGAGUGAACUGCUUCCUGAUAGCCUGAGUGAUGCAAAAAAAAAAAACAAA